AUAUGGCUGCUGCAAACUGUCUGCCAUCUGAAGAUCAGUUCCUGUGCUCCAUCUGUCGGGAUGUGUUCACUGAUCCUGUCACCAUACCAUGUGGUCACAACUUCUGCAAGACCUGCAUCACUGAACACUGGGAUACUAAUGACCAGUACCUGUGUCCAAUGUGUAAAAAGGUUUUCGACACAAAACCUGAGCUGCACGUCAACACUUCGCUUUCUGAGAUGGUCGCUCAGUUCAGACAGUCAGCUCAACAGAAAGCCAGCAGCAGCAGCUCAGAGCAACAAGUGUCCAAACCAGGAGAAGUUCCCUGUGACGUCUGCACUGGAACCAAACUGAAGGCCCUGAAGUCCUGCCAGGUGUGUCUGAUCUCCUACUGUGAGACUCACCUGGAGCCUCAUCUGACCAUGUCACGCCUGAAAAGACAUCAGCUGAUCGACCCUGUGGAGAACCUGGAAGGCAGGAUGUGUACGAAGCACGAUAAACCUCUGGAGCUGUUCUGUAAGACCGACCAGACAUGUGUCUGCAUGCUCUGCACUGUCUUAGAUCACAAGAUGCAUGAUGUUGUUCCUCUGAAAGAAGGACAGGAAGAAAAGAAGGCAGAGCUGGGGAAGACAGAGGCUGAAAUCCAGCAGAUGAUCCAGAAGAGACGACUGAAGAUUCAGGAGAUCAAACACUCAGUCGACCUCAGUGAGGAAGAUGCAGACAGAGAGAUAGCAGAAGGUGUUCAGGUCUUCAUUUCUCUGACAGAGUCAGGAGAACAGGAAAUCUCUGAGCUGAUGAAGAGAAGCACUGAGGUGGAGCAGGUGUUACGCUCCGAAGACCACCUCCAUCUUCUCCAGAGUGUCCAACAAACUUCACCCACCAAGGACUGGACAGAGGUCAGCGUCCGUCCAUCAUCAUAUGAGGGGACUGUGGUGAAAGCUGUGGCUCAGCUGGAGGAGACACUCAGUAAAGAGAUGAAGAAGCUGCUCGCUGAGUCUGAGCUGAAGAGGGUCCAGCAGCCCACUAUACAGUAG